GGCUGUUUGAUUGUCUCUCCCGGUGUGCACCAAACAAAGCUAGUUUCUUCUUGUCUCUUCUUGUCUCCCCCCACCAUCGUCGUGCCCUUCGCGUCUCCCCGCUCCCCGCCAUGAAGUUCACGCUGCCCCGCUUCGUCGCCGCGCUCGCGCUGCCCGCGCUCGCCUCCGCCUGCGAAGGCGAGUGCAUCGUCAAGAUCACUGAGGCGUGGCUGUCCAACUACACCCUCCCGCUGCACACCGUCUGGCGCGAGACAGUACGUUCUGUCCACCUCCUCGCCCUUCCUCGCUGACCUCGCUUAGGCACAGCAGCUUUCCUCGCUCGUCUACGAGCAGGGCGACGCCCACCACGGCUUCGAGUAUCUCGCCCCUCUCGUGCACGCGUACACGAAUGCGUCCUACGAGGGCAUGCGCACCGCGAUCUUCCCGUCCUUCUUCCACGGCAAGUGCCAGCAGAACGGUGUCGACCCGCCCGGCUGCCCGAACCCGGACUGCCCGGUCGUCUGCGGUACGCCGGGCUCCAUGGUGCACUUCUACCCCGCGCUGCGCCAGAUCGCGUUCAACCAGACGCGUGCGCUCAUCACCAACGCGACUCAGCAGUACACCGAUGCGAUCGCGCAGCGGGUCGCGCAGGAUGCGAAGAAGGACAACGUCAAGCAUGCGGCAAAGGCGGCGCUUGGGCAGAUGGGCGAUAUGCUGCUCAAGCAGUGCGGUGGGGAAGGUCUUCCGGACUGCAACUGGGAGCAGGAGAUGAAGGAAUUCAUCCUGACUUUCCCGUGAUUGCCUUUGCCUCGGAUGGGACGCUCUUAUGGAGGACCUUGAUGGUUUCGGCUCCCGUUUCUUACACGAUGACUAUGUAUCGCCUACAGUCCCGCUCGUACAUCCC